AUGGCUCCCCACGCUGAAGAAGUGCUAGACAGCAGCAUGUCUUCCAGUACCUCUGGAGCACCAGCUCUGAAUGGGUUCUCUGCAUUUCUAAAUGGCUCCAACGGCGUCAACGGCGUCAACGGCAUCAACGGUGUCAACGGUGUCAAUGGUGUCAAUGGGCACCACAGCGCCAACAAUGGCAGAAAUGGCGCAAACGGAACCGCACACAACGGCACUUGCUCCAGGACUCGCAACGUCCUCAAAAGCCAAUUUGUCCUCCCCACACCGGCAGACGAGGUCCACGACCUGAUUUGCGUGGGUUUUGGCCCUGCUAGUCUGGCCAUAGCCGUCGCAAUCCAUGAUGCACUGGAGUCGAGGGCACUAUCUAAGCCACCCAAAGUCAUGUUCAUCGAGAAGCAAGAGAGCUUUGCCUGGCAUGCAGGCAUGCUGCUUCCCGGUGCCAAAAUGCAGAUUUCUUUCAUCAAGGACAUGGCAAGUCUGCGCGACCCUCGCUCUCACUUUACCUUCCUCAACUAUCUGCAUAAGAAUGACCGCCUUGUUCACUUCACCAACCUGGACACAUUCCUACCGGCGCGCGUUGAGUAUGAGGACUACCUCAGGUGGUGUGCCAGUCACUUUGAAGACGUUGUCAAGUACAGCAACGAGGCUGUAUCAGUACGACCAGAGCCUAGAGCUGCCGGCGGCGAUAGCGCCGUUAAGAUCUUUGAGGUGGUCUCCAGGAAUACCAAGACUGGUGUCGAGACACGAUACCGCGCAAAGAACGUAAUUCUCGCCCUGGGUGGACAGGCUUCUAUUCCAAGGCCCCUACCUCAAGCUCACCCCAAGGUUAUUCACUCGUCUCAAUACGCUCAUAUUGUCCCCCGGAUUCUGAAGGACACCAGCGCUCCCUACAAAGUUGCAGUCAUUGGAGCCGGACAGAGUGCAGCCGAGAUCUUCAGCAAUGUUCAGACUCUCUAUCCCAACUCCAGGACAUGGAUGGUCAUGAAGUCAGAGUUUCUUAAGCCUAGUGAUGAUUCACCAUUCGUCAACUCUAUCUUCAACCCCGAAUUUGUGGAUAACCUGUACCCACGGGCAUCAAGUGACAGGCGCCACCUGAUUAGGGAAGCAAAGGCAACAAACUAUGGUGUUGUUCGCCUGGAGCUCAUUGAAAAGCUAUAUGAGCUCAUGUACGACCAGAGACGUGAGCUUGGUAGCGAUGAGAAACAGUGGCCCCACCGCAUCAUGAGCAGCCGCCGUGUGAUCAGCUGCGAGCCCAUCAAGGGCGACCGCCUGCGUCUGAGGGUCAAGCCUGCAUCAGCGACCAUCGAUGAGGUGGACGAUCUGCAGGCGGAUAACGGCGAAGAGGAAGAGUUCGACGCCGACCUCGUGGUGUGCGCAACCGGCUACAAACGGGAUGCACACGUCGGCAUGCUGCAGAGCAUGUGGGGGAUACUCCCCUCACUGAACCGCACGCAGUCCACCCCCUCUGAAGACAGGAAAUACAAGGUUCCUGUCUUUGACAGCUGGGAGGUGCAGUCGCCUGCAGAUAGCGAGAGCCAAGGCACAAGGUCACUCUCGGUCGGGCGGGACUACAAGGUGCGUUUCGCGCCAGAUGCUGUUGCUCCUGGCUCGGGGGUUUAUCUUCAAGGCUGCUGCGAGGGUACUCACGGGCUGAGCGAUACGCUCUUGUCCAUCCUAUCCACGCGGUCCGGAGAAAUCGUGAAUUCUAUCUUUGGAUCAAGUAAUUGA